AUGGCAGAAGAUCGAAAUCAAAUUACCGAAGAAAAAACAAAAUCAAUAUUUCGUGAUUUGACGGCCGAUGAUCCAGAGCCGGAAACUACAGAGAUAGAGAGUCUCUGUAUGAAUUGUGAGAAAAAUGGUGUUACCAGAUUACUUCUAACAAAGAUUCCACAUUACAAAGAUAUUGUGGUGAUGUCUUUUGAUUGUGAACACUGUGGAUUCCAAAAUAAUGAGAUACAAAAUAGUGGAAAGAUUGCAGAGAAAGGAAUUAGAAUAAAACUGCAAGUUAAAACUCCUAGGGAUCUAAAUCGUCAGGUAGUUAAAUCAGAUUACACUGGUGUAAAAAUUCCAUCCUUGGACUUUGAGAUUCCAUCUAGAUCACAGAAAGGAGAGAUUACAACAAUUGAGGGAAUUAUAGAAAGAACUAUUAAUGGAUUAGAACAGGAUCAAUCUGAAAGGAGAGAAAAAUAUCCAGAUGCUGCAACACAAAUUGAUCAGUUUCUUGAGAGGCUAAGAAAGCUGAAAUCUUUAAAAGAAUCUUUUACUAUGAUAUUCGAAGAUAUAUCAGGGGAAUGCCACGUAGAAAAUCCAAAAGCACCAUUGAAGGAUGACGAAUGUAUUACAGUGCAAUUUAGAAGAACGACAGAGCAAGAUCAUAUUUUAGGAAUUUACUCUGAGAAUACAGAUGAUACUUUGUUGAAACCUAUACAAGAGGGAGAAUAUACUCUAGAGCAAAUUGAAGGAGAAGUGCUUUCUUUCAGAACAAAUUGUCCAGAGUGUAAUUGCCCAUGUGAAACCAACAUGAAAUUAACCAAAAUUCCACACUUUAAGGAAGUUGUAAUUAUGGCAACGGUUUGCGAAUCUUGUGGACAUAGAACGAAUGAAGUUAAGAGCGGAGGAGGUAUCGAACCUAUGGGAGUAAAGAUAGAAGUAAUGGUUGCAAGAAAAGAAGAUUUCAGCCGCGAUUUGUUGAAAUCCGAAACUUGUCAUAUGCAAAUUCCCGAAUUGGAAUUAGAAAUUGGUCCUGCUGCCUUAGGUGGACGUUUUACCACAGUAGAAGGUAUUUUGGUAGCAAUAAAAGAACAAUUGUCAUCAUCGACAGCUUUCAGCGGUGAUAGUAGCGAUCCAGAAACUGUCAAACGGAUGAAAGUCUUCAUAUCUCACUUAAAUGAGGUUUUAGAGGGAAAACGGAAGAUCACUCUUGUAUUAGAUGAUCCAGCAGGCAACAGUUACAUUCAAAGUCUUUCAGACGAAGGUUUAGAUAGCGAUUUGAAAAUCACUAAAUAUGAAAGAAGCUUUGAUCAAAAUGAAGAACUUGGAUUGAACGAUAUGAAAGUUGAAGACUACUAA